AAGUGUCCACGUUGAGGCUUCAUGUCACGCAAUCCGGUGAAAAUGGACUGCCUGAACUUCAUCUAACAUUAGCUCUAUAGUCCACACGCUACUCCACUUGGUCACCUGAAUCGCCCAGUGGCACUUGAUGAAUUAAUUAUUCCGGAGCAAAAAGAGCCUUUGGCUCCUCUUGGGCUUUUGAUGGUUUCAUAUCAUACUCUCUUGGUGGUAUCAAACAAAGAGUUACCAGAACAUCAUCUCUAUGACCGACUUGGAAGUAUCUGCAACUGUCAAUGGCCGCUGGGGCACGGUAGCAUCUCACUUCCUUGUUUGUCUGUUCGAAAGAUCACGAACUAAAGCUAAUAUAGCUUACUGCACUGUCCGUAUCUGUUCCAAAAAAAAGCCUGCGAAGGAAGCUUUCUGUCCACUAACCUUUUGUUUUUGUUUUUGGCGUGAUGGCAUACAUGUACAGCCUCUGUCUUCUGUUGCGACAGGGCGGAAGUUCCGGCGGACGCUUUUUAA